UGAUAGUGGAGAAAUGAUAGAAUAGAGAAACUAUGAGAGUGCUCAUGGUUAAACAAUGAAUAUAGAUAGAGAGAGAGAAAACUACAAUCUCUAUCCCCACUUUACCCAAGAGGUCAAACUAUACUAAUAGAGAGAGAAAAAGAAGAGAGAGAGAGAGAGAGAGAGAGAGAGAGAGAGAAGAAAAGGGCAUUUUCAUUGGGAAGGAGUAAGGAAGAGAAAGAAAGAACUCAAAAACACAAAUACACAUAAUAGCAAAGAGAGAAAGAAAGAAAACAAGGUUUUAUAUUUGUAUGUAGUAAUUGUAUUAUAUAUGUCUAGCUAGUGUUGGGAAAGAUAGGGGGCAAAGUUUCAGCAUUUGGUCUCUUUAUUUCUCAGCAAACCCUCCUUUUUUUCUGCCUCCCUUGUCUCCCCACCACUUCCGGCCACUGUCUCCGGCAACCCCUCACCGGAUUUUUCCAACCUGGGUCAACCCAUAUCUAAACAAAGUCUUUUACUUUCUUCUCUUUUCUCUUCUGGGUUUCGAUUGAUUUUGUGUUUUACUGAGCUGAGCUGAGCUGAUCUGAGCUCAAAGGUGGAAUUUUGGCAUCUGGGUAUUGUUUCUUUCUUUAAUCUGAUUGCUGGAGGAGAUGAGUCAGUGACAUUUUUGGGUGUUUUGUUUAAAGUCAAAGUCGCCGGAACGAGCAAUGAAGGCUCCGGCGAACGGUGUUGCUGGUGCUUCUGUUGCUGCUUCUCCUAAUCCAUUGGAAGGAGCAGAGAAGAAGAGCAUAAACCAGGAGUUAUGGCAGGCAUGCGCUGGGCCACUGGUGAACUUGCCGCCGGCUGGGACCCACGUCGUCUACUUUCCUCAAGGUCACAGUGAACAGGUUGCAGCAUCCAUGAAGAAAGAUGUAGAUUCUCAAAUCCCCAAUUACCCGAAUCUUCCAUCGAAGCUAUUGUGUCUUCUUCACAGUGUCACCCUUCAUGCUGACCCAGAAACAGAUGAAGUAUAUGCUCAGAUGACACUCCAACCGGUUCAAACCGUUGAUAAAGAUGCACUAUUGAGGUCUGAUCUUGCUCUCAAGACAAAUAAACCCCAACCCGAGUUUUUCUGUAAAACGCUUACAGCAAGUGAUACAAGUACUCAUGGAGGUUUCUCUGUUCCUCGACGUGCAGCAGAGAAGAUUUUUCCACCUCUUGAUUUCUCUAUGCAACCACCCGCUCAAGAACUUGUUGCCAGGGAUUUGCAUGAUAAUGUUUGGACCUUCCGCCAUAUUUACCGUGGACAACCGAAACGCCACUUGCUUACCACUGGAUGGAGUCUAUUUGUCAGCGGGAAGAGGCUUUUUGCUGGCGACUCGGUUCUAUUUAUCAGGGAUGAAAAACAACAUCUACUUCUCGGUAUUAGACGAGCUAACAGGCAACCUACGAACCUAUCAUCAUCUGUAUUGUCAAGCGAUAGUAUGCAUAUUGGAAUUCUGGCAGCUGCCGCUCACGCUGCAGCCAACAAUAGUCCUUUCACAGUGUUCUACAAUCCUAGGGCUAGUCCAUCAGAAUUUGUUAUUCCAUUAGCAAAGUACUACAAGGCAGUGUGUGGAAAUCAAAUAUCACUUGGCAUGCGUUUUCGUAUGAUGUUUGAAACCGAAGAGUCGGGAACAAGAAGGUAUAUGGGUACAAUCACGGGUAUCAGUGAUCUUGAUCCUGCUAGAUGGAAGAAUUCACAAUGGCGGAAUUUACAGGUUGGUUGGGACGAGUCAACUACUGGCGAAAGGCGUAAUAGGGUGUCAAUCUGGGAGAUUGAACCUGUUACAGCUCCAUUUUUCAUCUGCCCCCCUCCAUUUUUCAGGUCAAAGCGUCCAAGGCAAGCGGGGAUGCCAGAUGACGAUUCAUCGGACAUAGAUAACCUAUUUAAGAGAACAAUGCCUUGGCUCGGUGAUGAUAUUGGCAUGAAGGACAACCAAGGUUUUCCUGGCUUAAGCUUAGUCCAAUGGAUGAACAUGCAGCAAAAUCCUGCAUCCUUGGCUAACUCCAUCCAGCCAAAUUACAUGCAGCAUUCGUUUUCUGGCUCGGUUCUGCAAAAUCUUCCUGGAGCUGAUAUUUCUAGGCAGUUGGGCUUGUCAGCACCUCAAAUAUCUCAGGCAAACAACUUACAGUUCGGUUCCCAAAGACUACCUCAGCAAGCACAACAGCACGAUCAACUCCCGAAUUUACCUCCCACAAUGAACUCUAUAGGAUCUGUUAUGCAUACGCAGCCACAGCAACAGAUGAGCGAUGCUACUCGGCAACAACCAAGACAAAGUAUGGUUAAUCAAACUCUACCUUCGAGUCAAGUUCAAGCUCAGACUCUGCAUUCUCAAAAUCUUGUUCAAACAAACAAUAUGCUUCAGCAACAAAAUUCCAUGCAAAGCAAUCAGAUUCAGAGAAACCUAUCUCAAAAUCAUCAACAGCAGCAUCAGCAACAUAUUACUAGCCAAAUGCAACAGCAAAAUCUAAUGCAGUCUCAACUACAAACUGAUCAAAUGAACCAACAGUAUCAACAUAUUUCGGAUAAUCAACUUCAUUUUCAGUUGUUACAGAAGCUUCAGCAGCAACAACAGUCAAUUUUAGCACAACAGUCGUCGCUGCAUCCACCCGCUCAACAUGCUCAAAACCAAGAUCAGCAGAGGCAAACUUUGGAUGGUUCCCAUAGUUUCUCCAGGUCUUCAACUCCUAGCCAAAUCUCUGAGAUGCCACAAAUGGUGACAAGCUCGCUUCCUCAACCGAACAUUACAGUCACACAACAGAUGACUCAGAAUAAUAACAUCAAUCAAACCAAUGCACGAUUCUCUCAAACACCCCAUCAACCUAAGCUUCAACAUCAGCAACAUGGCAUGCUAUCUGAAAUGCCAGGGAACAUGGGACAUCCCCCGAACUCAGUAACAAAUCAUGUUGCUUCAGGUGGUAACAGUGCAGCGACAGGAGUUGUGGGAGCUGGGCAAUCUGGGAUAACCGAAGAUGUUCCAUCUUGCUCGACAUCUCCUUCUACAAACAAUUGUUCAAAUGGAGUUCCGCCAGUUAUGAACAGUAGAGUUCACCGAAGUACAAUUGUGGUGGAAGACAUGGCUCAGUCUGCUGCCACCAUAUUGAGUCCCAAUGGAUUGGAAACAAUGUCUUCAAAUGUCAACUUUGUAAAAGAUUUCCACCACCAAAAGUCUGAAGUCAAGCCUUCAUUGAAUAUCCCAAGAAGUCAAAGUCAAGGAAUCUGUACCCCUCAGACAUACCUGAAUGGAGCUGCUCAAACAGAUUACUUGGAUACAUCAUCUUCAACAACUUCAAUUUGCCUUUCUCAGAAUGAUGUGAAUUUACAGCAAAAUAAUCAUCACAAUAAUCAUUUUCCUUUCACUACACAGUCAAUGCUUUUUAGAGAAGCAAGUCAAGAAAAGGAAGUUCAGGCAAAUCAAGGAAACAAUGGUUCUUAUGGUAAUCCCAUCGACGAUCAUUUACCAGCACCUUUGAAUCCCGAUGCUUUAUUGACAAAAGAAUUGGUGGGGUUAGGGAAAGAUUUCCCGAAUAAUCUUUCAACGGGAGACCUGUUGAGCAACUAUGAAAAUUCAAAAGAUGCUCAGCAGGAGCUUUCAUCUUCGAUGGUCUCUCAGUCAUUUGGUGUUCCUGAUAUGACAUUCAAUUCAAUUGACUCGACAAUCAACGAUGGUAGCUUCUUGAACAGGGGGCCAUGGGCACCAGCACCGCCAUUUCAACGAAUGCGAACAUAUACCAAGGUUUACAAACGUGGAGCUGUGGGAAGGUCUAUCGAUAUUACUCGCUAUUCAGGUUAUGAUGAGCUUAAACAAGAUCUUGCUCGUAGAUUUGGUAUCGAGGGACAAUUAGAGGAUAGACAGAGAGUAGGGUGGAAACUAGUGUAUGUGGAUCACGAAAAGGAUGUUCUUCUCGUCGGAGAUGACCCCUGGCAGGAGUUUGUCAACUGCGUUCGCUGCAUUAAGAUCCUCUCCCCACAAGAAGUCGAGCAAAUGAGCUUGGAUGGAAAUUUCGGUGGAGGCAGCGGUCCACUUCAAAAUCAAGCUUGCAGUAGUUCUGAUGGCGGGAAUGCAUAAAGUUAACAACUUUCUUCAUUUGAAGUGAAACCGCUCGUGAUCUCUUUCAGCAUGUUGUAACACCGACGAUGGAUCAUAAAGUCAUCGGUGUUGAUUGCAGGAGCAAACAAAAUAUAAAAAUUUGCUUUUGCUCGAAAACACUAGCGAAAUGAGAGGUGAUUCCAAGGCUACAAAAGUUCUAUUAGAGCUGGCUAUGGAUUUUUGACUAAGUCUUCUUGUUGGACUGUAAAAGGGAAAAAAUUAUACUAAUUCUAGUUCUUUUUUUUUUUCUUUUGGUAAAUUUUUGAAGUUUUCUCACUCAAAUGCAUUGUAGAAAGUAGAAAAGUAUAAUUUUUUUUUUUUUUAUAAGUGAUAGUUCUUCUGAGUGUAAAUUUGUAGAUUUCUUGAAUGAAAUUAAUUUUAUGUUAGUGAAA